UGAGCAUGCGCGCACCAGCUACGUGAAGAGGCAUGAUGGCUGAGAAAAGUGUGCUGGUGUCACUUGUGGAGGAAUUUGUCUCCGGAUUGCAAGACAGUAAAGCCAAAGAUACAGCUGCAGGAAUCAAAAAUGGAGAGUUUACUAUUCUGCAGUUAGUGGAAGCAUUGGGACUGAGUCUGACCAGCACUCAGCCUCAAACUCGAGCCAGAGGAAUCAAGCUGCUCUCAGAAGUGUUGGAAGAUGUAGACCUCACUGAGAAAGAAGUUGAAGUUCUUAAAGCGUUUUAUGAGAACCGGCUGGGCGACGAUCACAUAACCACACCGCCUGUUUUGCAGGGGCUCAGAAUACUUAUACAAAACCCAAGAUUGCCUCCUGGUGCAGCAGUUUCCAUAUUGAAGUCUAUCUUCCAUAAUGUUUAUGUUCGGUCGCUGCUGCUGGUUGACCGAGUGGCUCUCUCUAAGAUGCUCCUAAACGUCAUGGACACCAGAGAGGCUGAACUGAAAGAUUUCGGAGCAGACUUUGUUUUUGGAUUCAUCCAGUCGAUAGAUGGGGAGAGUGACCCUCGCAAUAUUCUCUUAGCCUUCCAAAUUGCCAAGAAGAUCAUCCACAGAGGUUACAGUCUGGGUCACUAUACAGAGGAUCUUUUCGAUGUGACGUCCUGCUAUUUCCCCGUUGACUUUACUCCGCCCCCCGACGACCCUCGUGGUAUCACCAGAGAGGAACUGGUCCAGGAACUGAGGCAAGUCCUCACAGGAACUCCUAAAUUUGCCCAGUUUCUGUUGCCCCUCAUCAUUGAAAAGCUGGACUCGGAUGUUCAGAGCGCAAAGUUGGACUCUCUUCAGACCCUGGCUGCUGGUGUUGCAACGUAUGAACACGAAGAUUUGGCAGAAUUCCUCGAGGGACUGUGGGCGUCUUUGCGCAGAGAGGUGUUCCAAACCUCAAGUGAAAAAAUUGAGUCGGCAGGCCUCGCUGCUCUUACCGCCAUCACUUCCUGUCUUUCUCGCUCGAUUGUUAAGUCCGAUUCUGAAGACGCCCUCAGCACUUUCUUGGAUAUGGUUCUGAAAGACUGCAAGCAUCAUCUGAGCGAGCCGGACCUGAAGCUAAUGUGGCCCAGCGCUAAGCUACUCCAGGCUGCUUGCAGCGCUUCCAACAGGGCGAGUCACAUGAUCGUCGCGGCAGUCAUGCCGGCGCUCAUCGAGCAGUACAACAGCAAAAACCAGUGUUCACAUAGACGCACAUUAUUGGAGGUGAUGCUGCGGUUUAUUCAGUCUGUUAAGAGCAGCGAGUCAUCAGAAAACGAGGAGCGAGUGCUCUCUGGCAUCUGCCCGUCGUUGUGCUGCCUCACUUUUGCAGCUCUUUCGGAGACUAACAGCAGCCUGCAGAUCACAGCCACGGCUAUGCUCAUGGCACUGGCGCGACAAAGCGGUUUGUUAGAAAAGGCUCAAAUCGAGCUGGCUGUCGAUCAUUUGGCUCGACUGUUGCUGUCGGAUGAAGACGACACAGUCAGUCUCGCUGUGGUAUCAUGUGCCGGAGGCUUGGCGGAACUGCACCCGGGUGUUUUCAUCAGCAAUAUGAUCCCGAGGAUGAAGAAAGCCAGCUUUUCUGAGUCAAUGGAGCUAGACAGAGAGUACAUAAGACAAACGCAGUCUGCGGAGCGCCAGCGCUGUUUGUCCAUGUUGGCGGCAGUUUCCGCCAAGCCCAGUGUGGCACAGGAGAGCACGUCAGUCCUCUUGGAAGUCCUCGAUGCAGCACAUUCUGGCAAAUUUGGUUUCUCAUUAGAGGAGGCCGUGUUAGCGUGCAUCAGCUUAAAGAAAAUAGCCGAGCUGGUGGAAGACACCCAAGACUCCGGCCGAUGCUUCCAUGACAUUAUCAUCCCGCGACUGCUUUCACUAGCACUUCAAGCAGCGCUUAAAGGUGAGAGCUCAUCUACUCACCAGAGUCCUCUGGCAGAGGAGGCGGUCCUUUCCACCAUGGUCGCUAUCAUCAGCACAGCUUGUUCCAGGCUGCAACCAACACUGGCGGGCCAGACGGCAGCGAAGCUUGUCUCGCUCUUCCUGGAUGGUGACGUCCUCUUUCUGCCCGGCAACUCUUUCCCGUCACACAUCAAGUUCCUGGCAAGUGUAUGCACAUAUUUUUGACUGGAAUGUAACGGUGGGGAGGAUUUCAAUGUCUUUUGCUCUGUUUGCUCAUCCCAGAAACAGCACGAUGACUCUUGGAAGCUAUCUCAGAUGGUUUGUCUGCUGAUGGCAUGCGUGUGCUCCUUACCUCGCACUGUGGCGGUGCCCCAAUUGGAGCGGCUGCUUUCAGAGCUGGAAGAGAUGAGUUGCACUUGCAGCCACCCGAUGUCAUACACCUCCGCUGCCAAGUGUUUCGCUGGCCUGGUCAACAAGAUCCCUUCGGGCGACUCUCUUGACAGUCUACUCCAAAAGACAAUGACCAGAAUUUUGAACGAGUUGAACGCAUCAGCUUUAGGUGUUCGCAUGCAGGCGUUCACGCUCUUGAUAUGGGUGGCCAAGGCUCUGCUUCUCCGCUACCACCCAACAUGCACAACACUGACUGACAAGCUCUUCUCGCUGCUGGAUGACGCCGAUCUGGGCUCGGUGGCGGCUGACAGCUUCUCGCUGCUUAUGAGCGACUCCGCCGACGUCCUUAGCCGCGGUUGCCACGCAGAUGUUCGCAUCAUGUACCGCCAACGCUUCUUCAGCGAGAACUCAGCCAAGCUGGUGCAAGGUUUCACCAUGGCUCCUCAAGAGAAGAAACCAAACUACCUGAAGGCUCUGUCCAAUAUAGUCAACAAACUACCCAAGCAGGUUCAAGUUACUGAACUACCAGCGCUGCUGUCACUGUUGCUCGAGGCCUUGACGUACCCCGACCAGGGCGUCCAGCUUUCCACGCUGUCCUGUCUGGAGCCUGUCAUUGCUGACCCGCCACCGGCGCUCAUCCAACAGCUUGAAGCUUUAAUGGGCAGAUUGUUGCCCCUCACGUCCGCUCCCACCAUGAAUGUCAAGAUCGCAUCACUGCGGUGUAUCUACGCCCUUUCCCGCUUCCCUGAGCAUGAGAUUUUGCCAUUUCGGGCCCGAGUGCUGCGAGCCUUGGCCAGACCUCUAGAUGACAAGAAGAGGCUUGUGAGGAGGGAGGCGGUUCAGGCGCGAGGAGAGUGGUUCCUCUUGGGAAGUCCUGGAGGAAGGUGA